AUGAUCGAGUUCGUGAUGCAAAACUGCAGUGUGCAUUCUUCUGAUUCAGAUGUUUCUGCGAAACAGUCCAGGUCAGCGGAAGCAGCUGCUGCCCCUAUCACCGAGUUCAUUUAUGAUCCCGAAUCUGGUGCAAAUUUCUAUGCUUGGUGUAAACGUUGGGAAGACAUCUUCCGUGUGGAGUUUGCCAAAGCUGAUGACGCUUGGAAGCUUGACACAUUCUCGGACAUCAGCCUCAUCUCCAAGCGCACAUGGCAGAAGAUUGGACGGCCUCCGAUGAUCACAUCGGACAAAAAGACUAUGUAUGUUUCUGGAGGAUUUCUCCGACUCACGGGUGAGCUUGAAUGUGACCCUUCCUUUGAUGGCACUCAAUUCAACUGA